AUGAAGGUCUUCUCCAACACCGUCACCUUCGACUACUCGUGGGACGAGGUCUCGACCGCCAACUGGCGCAAGUACGGCCCGUGGAACAACAAGUCGGAGCACGUCAUCGCCGUCGACACCAUCUCCCGCGAGGUCGACCCCAAGACUGGUAUCCUGCGCACUGAGCGCCUCAUCACCUGCAAGCAGUCUUGCCCUGACUGGAUCAAGACAAUUAUGGGCACCAACUUUGAGAACCAACACGUCUAUGAGGCCAGCUAUGUCGACCCGGAAAACAAGACCAUUACCAUGGUCAGCCAGAACCUGACGUACAACAACCUCGUCAACAUCCAGGAGGAGGUCAUCUACCAACCCCUCGGUGACCACCAGACCCAGUUCAAGCAGACGGCAAACAUUACCGCUCUCUGUGGUGGCUGGCAGCGAAUUAAGAACAGCAUCGAGGACAGUCUCGUGCACAAGUUUAAGGAGAACGCUGUUAAGGGCCGUGAGGGUUUUGAGCGUGUUCUUGAGAUGAGCCGCAAGGUCUUUGCCGAGGAGAAGGAGCGCCAGCAACAGAUGGUGAUGUGA